AUGCAGCAGUCCUCACCGUCCGUCCAACACUCGGAGCAGGAGGUGGGCGGAGCUCAGGGGGUGGAGCUUCGUCUCGUGACAUCAGAGGAGGCGGAGGGGGCGGGGCUUCUGAGUGACAUCACCAGCCUGGCGCGGCGGUAUCGGCGUCGUCGGGGAAGAACGUGUCUGCUGACGAGUGCGAGCGCCGCGGCGGCGUUCGCUGCUGCUUUCCUAUUGGCCUACGCAGUGUUCAGUGGGCGGUACCACUGCUCUGGGGCGGGGCCGCAGCCGGAGGAGGGCCGGAAGAGGGGCGGGGCUAACUCGCCUGCAGAGGGAGGGGCGGGGCUUUACCUGGGAGAGCUGAGGAUGAUGAUGAAGAGGCUGCUGCAGGAUGAAGAUCUCUACAACACGGUCAGCGUGGUGAGCAGGGCUCCUCACCCUCCCGGUUCUCCAGCAGGAACGUCUCUGGCCUCAGAGAUCCUUCAACGCUUCCGCCGGCUGAAGAUGGAUCACACCUGGACCGAGUCCCUGUACGCCACGCUGCAGUUCCCCCACAGCUCUCAGAGGAGCUCCCUGCGCCUGCUGGACUCUGCAGGUCAGGUUCUGGACCAGGUCCAGGUGAACCCGUCGGACUUCUGUCCCUACAGCGCUUCGGGAACCACCGAGGGGGGCGUGGUCUACGCCAACUACGGCCGGCCGCAGGACUUCAAGUGGCUGCAGGGCGCCGGCGUGUCGGCCGCCGGCCGCCUGGUGGUGAUGCGCGUCGGGGGCGGAGUCAGCUUCGCCGAGAAGGUCUGGAUGGCCCAGAAGAACGGAGGGGGCGGAGCCUUGAUCUACCCCGACCCUGCCGACCUGCCGCAGGACCCCCGCCGCCUCGGCCUCAACGCACACACCGCCGUGUCUGAGCAUGUCCACCUGGGCUCCGGCGACCCCUUCACCCCCGGGUUUCCGUCCUUCAACCAGACCCAGUUCCCUCCCAUCCAGUCCUCCGGCCUGCCGCUCAUCCCUGCCUUGCCCAUCAGCGCCACGGCGGCGGCCAAGCUCCUCAGGAGCGUCUGCGUGUGUCUGUUCAUGCAGCACAGCAGUGUGGAGGUCGACAGGAGCAUCCAGCCGGUGAGCGGAAACGGGACGCCGCGGGGGAACGGGACGCCGCGGGGGAACGGGACGCCGCGGGAGAACGGGACGCCGCGGGAGAACGGGACGCCGCGGGAGAACGGGGACGCCGCGGGAGAACGGGACGCCGCGGGAGAACGUCACCAGGAGAACAAAAGCAGCGAUAUGAAGACAGUGAGACUGUUCGUCCAAUCAGGAGCCUGGAAGCUGCUGGCUCAGGGACUUCCUGAAACCAGCGGCCAGCUUCCUGUUCUGUGGAGGAACCCUGACGAGCAGUGA